AUGCCACGCAUUUCAGAAGGAUACCGCAUUGGUGCAAAAGCGACCUCUGAAGCCAAGAGCUCAUCCCAAGUCCCCAAUCGGAGUGAAGCAAGAUCCAAACGAAAAGUGAAGAGAAGAAAGCUGGUCACCCGGAUUCUAGACGACCUGCGGCGGGAAGAGCCAGAAGAAAAGCUUUACUUGCUCAGCGAGGCACAUGCUCGAAUAGAACAGCUGGAGCGAGAAAAUCAAAUUCUUCGACAAGAGAAUCAACUUUUGCUCGAAGGAUUAAAGCGCGCUCGAGCCAUGAUGUUCAAUCUCAUGUCGCAAGUGGCGAGUUUAUGUCAAAGGAUAUAA